AUGGAGGCAGGACAGUGUACAUUGUGCUCUCUCUUUCCUCUUUUGUCUGUAGCAGAGAGGUAUAUUACAGUUCAGUCCUUCAGCAGUUCGAGUCAGGAUGAGCUGGGCUUUGAGAGUGGCGUCAUUGUUGAGGUCAUCCAGAGGAAUCUGGAGGGCUGGUGGUUCAUACGUUAUGGUAGUAAGGAGGGAUGGGCUCCAGCUGCCUACCUGAGGAAAAUGCAAGAUGGUGUCAUGGCCGGUAACCAGGCAACAGAGACAAAUAAACCAGAUGUGCAGGGUCAGGUGGAAAUCAUCGGAAACCUUAUGGAGAUCAGCAACCUCCUGAACAAGAAACCCUCCAACGAACGACACUCACACACACAAACUGACACCACUGCACACCGAAACAGCACCACAAACACAUACAGGCACUCACAGACAGACACAUGUACACAAUACAAUGGUGAUACGGAGCAGACUGAUGCUUACAGUAACAAUACACACAGUGAUAGAAACAGCAGCAGCAGCGUCAGCAUUAGCACAGCAGCUAAUGCGGUUAGUAGUAGUUUAGACAGAGACUCUGAUGAUCAUGUCACCCAGCACACAGACACGAGUCUGUCUGUCUCAGACACCAGUGUGUCUGUGUCAGUGUCGGAUGCUUGUGUAACUGCAUCUGUUUCUGAAGCAAGUGUGUCUUCAACAUCAUCCGCAAUAAAGACCAAAACAGUCCCUCCGUCUCCUGCCAUUGCUCGAGUCGCACCUCAGAGAUUCCACAGCGCUGAGACCAGAUCACCGUCAAACAAUCAAAAACUGCCUCCCCGUCGAGAAAACAGUCUGGGAUUUCAGUUACCGCAGCCCCCAAAUCCCCCUACUGUUGAAGCUGAGUAUUACACCAUCGCUGAGUUCAGGUCCUGCUUGACAGAUGGGAUCAGUUUCAGUGGAGGACAGAAAGCUGAGGUCAUUGAGAAGAACUCCGGAGGCUGGUGGUACGUCCAGAUCAGAGAGAAGGAGGGUUGGGCCCCGUGUUCUUACAUCGACAAACGCAAGAAACCCACCUUGAACCGCCAAACCAGUACACUGACCCGGCCCAAGGUACCACCUCCUGCUCCGCCAAUCAAAAAGCAGAACUCGCUUCCAUGUGUUGAGUCUGAGGUCAUGACCCCAACGAGUCCACGAGUGUAUGAGGAACCAGAAUAUGAUGUUCCAACAGUGGGCCUUGAAUUCGAUCCUGAGCAGGAGUUUUUUCCAGGAGAUGCACCGACUAAAGCCCCGCCUCCUUUAUGUCAGCGUACCGUUUCUUUUAUGUUGGAUGAAGGGGAUGAAGAGGAUGAUGAGGGUGUGUAUGCCAUCGGUGGCUUCAGAGCUGUACCACAGUGUAAGGACAGUCACUAUGAUACAUACUCGUCUUCUUCAGGGCACCGGGCAUCUAUGUGGGAUCCACCAGAAUAUGACGCCCCAACAAUCGAGCCCAACAUUGAGACCACUACGACGCUCUACGCACACUCAAAGAAAUCUAAACUCAAACAGCAGGCUGAUGAGUCUAAAUUCAAACCGUCCGUGCGUCCGAAACCCGCAAACCAAGACUGUAGUUCUCUCAGAAGACCCCAAAACCAGGAGCAACCAGGCCAGAUGCAAUUCAGGACCUCCCGCACAUCUGAGGACUCUGAGAAUGGCUCGUCAAAUAAAUUACAGAUGUUUAGUGAUCCGCCUUCCUUUUUGUACCGAACUACUAUGGCCUACCAGCGGGAAGAGCUGUGUGAGCUCAGCUUUCCAGCGGGAGUGCAGGUGGAGGUUCUGGAGAAGCAGGAGAGCGGCUGGUGGUUCGUCCGCUGGGGGAACGAAGAGGGCUGGGCGCCCACUUACUACCUACAGCCAAUCAAAAGCUUAGAAACAAGCGGUACAGAAGCCAAAACCACCGAGGUUAAUUCUGAGACGUCUUGGUCUGCGUCUCCUGAGUUGGAGAUUUCAGUGCAGGGAGAUGUUGGAAAGAUGGGUAAAUGCGUAAGUUUGGAGAAGAACGAGCAGCGUGUUAACCAAAGCCUGAAGAGUGGACACAGAUCUAACCAGCAGAACUGCCGGGUCGGCGUGAAGCAGCUCGCCGUCAGACCUCAGAACGUCCUCAAGGACAGCACUAAUACGCACACAACUCCCGCAGGAUGGAGGAACGAUGCGCUGCCUAGUCUUAGCUACAAUGACCAAACCACUUCUUCCUGUGCAGGUAAUACCGAGAGCAUGAGACGUAAGGUACCGGUGUCAAUGGUGAAGCCUAAACCUCAUCUGAUCCACAACAACCUGCGCGAGGAGUACGUUUCUAUUGCUGACUAUCAUGGUGAUGCGGAGACCAUGAGCUUCCCUGCUGGCACGAGGCUGGAGGUCCUGGAGAGAAACCCUAAUGGAUGGUGGUACUGCCGUGUGCUCGACACAGCUAAAACACGAAAAGGAUGGGUGCCCUCCAACUUCCUGGAGAGGAGGAGCUAGUGGGUGACCAGAUUUAAAUACCAGCCUUACGUCUCAUACAUCUUCACCAUGACCCCAAUAAAAUCAUGUUCCCUUUUUAAUUCAUAAGAGACAUUGCUGUCUCUGUUCACAAAAUCAAAUGGAACACUAAAGAGUCAGUCACAAGUGAAUUCUCUUGUUGACUGACAACUUGUUUAUAUGCUGAAUACUCCUGCUUGUGCUGGAUGAUGUGAUGUUAUUGUCACGGAACAGGCUUUUAGUUAUUGCUCUUAGCUGGUCUUAAUAUUCUGCAGAAGGUUUUGGUUCAAAUGUGUCUGUUUUUUUUUUUUUACUAAAACGGUUUACAGACUAAAUGCACUUAUCAAUGUCUAUCUAUCUAUCUAUCUGUGUGUCUCUUUGUUUGUGUAAUUAAACUUGGUGCUAUUCCUUUUCCUAUUAAAUCACUUCAUUUUCAGAUCUAGUCUUAUUAUAAAUAGCCAAGUGCUAUUUUGAAUCUUCAUCACAAUAGCUUGAUGGUGUUUGUCUGUUUAUGUCCAUGCAUUAAUGUAGGGCAUAUGUAAGUUAACUAAAUAAUCAUUCAAUCAUCAAGUGGUCAAUCAUUGCAUUAUUAUAAAUGCUUAAUAUAAAAACCUUUAAAACAUGAAUCUAUAAUUAA